UUUCGAGUCGAGCCACUCCGGCAAACACCACGUGCCACGCGUCCGAGUUGCACGUGCACGCUCGCGGACACGUUAAAGCUUACAAAAGCUUAUUUCGAAAGACACAACACGCGAUUAAUCGAAAACCACGCGCGGGAAUCGUUAUAUCCUAAAACAAUAUAACUGAUGGACAAAGUUUUUUUUUAUACGUCAUUAAUUUUAUAAUAUAUAUCUAUAUAUAUUUCUUUUUGUUUUAUUACUUUUUCUUUUUCUUCAUUCGUUUAUUUCGAACAACAGUUUAACGAGAAGAGAGAAAAAAAAACCACGGUGGUUUUGAUAUCAUCCUUGUUGAUCAGAAGGUUGAAGAUAAUUAACAAAAAAAAAAAAAAAGAAAAAAAGAAAAUUCAAACAAAACCCACGUUUGAUGGUGGUCGUGGUGGUGGUGGAGGUGGUGGUUGCGGUGUUCUUCAAACUCGACAAAUGAGACUCGAGUGAAUCUCCGAGGUGGAACCAUCGGAGAUUAGAAAAAAUGAUGAUGGACGUGAGCAAAAAUGAGCCCAGUAGUAAAAACGGUGCGACUCAACAGGAAUGCGCUGGAUGUGGGAAAACAAUAACCGAAAGAUAUUUAUUAAAAGCGUUGGACCUGUACUGGCACGAAGAUUGUUUGAAGUGUGGUUGCUGCGAUUGCAGAUUGGGAGAAGUCGGUUCUACGCUUUACACAAAAGCCAAUCUAAUUCUUUGCAAAAGAGAUUAUCUGAGGCUUUUUGGGAACACCGGUUACUGUGCGGCAUGUAACAAAGUCAUACCGGCUUUCGAAAUGGUCAUGAGAGCAAGAACAAACGUUUAUCAUCUGGAAUGUUUUUCCUGUCAGGAAUGCGAUCACAAAUUUUGCGUGGGCGAUCAAUUUUAUCUCUACGAGAAUAAAAUUCUUUGCGAGUAUCAUUAUAAGGAAAGAGUUUAUUUCGCCAACAUGCCACAUCCGCCACCGAACGAUACCCUAGCACAUAUUAAAAGACAAGUCACGCACCUUCAACCUCAAACGGUAUCUGCCGGAGGUCCUCCGAGACAGGCGAAUGGGGAAACAGCCCAUAACCACAAUGGAUAUCCAGCACCGGCUACAUCCAGCGCUCACAACGUCCUCAACCCCAUGAAUAAUUUAAAUGGUAUCAAUGCGCAAGCACCGUACGAUGCCAAAUGACAAACGAAAUAAGCGCCGAUAUACACGCGUCUACCUACGCCUACUAUUAUUACUACUACUACCACUACUACUAUUUCUUAUACUACUACUACUAAUACUACUACUAUUAGUACUGCUGCAUACAAUUUAACACCUACAUUUCUUAACAUACGGAAAUAAUAAAACAUACAAAAUGACACGUACACGCACAAAAACGCAUAUACGUAUACAAUGAGUCACAGAAAUAUUCGUACACGUUUUAAUUAUAAAUUUUGAAAAUAAUUAUUAUUAAUAUUUUCUGUAGAUGUAUGCAAAGUAUCUUAAUCUUUUUUACAACAAAGAAAAAAAAAAAAGAAUUAUUAAACUUUCAUAUUGAUAUACAUUUUAUUAUAAAAAAAAUAUUAUAUCACAAGAGUAUUUAUGCAUCCACGUAAUAUAGUAAUAAAAAUACAAUGAUUAUUUUUGUAAAUAGAGAGUACAUAAUCUAUCUCAGCUUUGUAUUAUUCAUUUUAAACGAUCAGACACAUAUUCUUGAAACUAAUUUUCUUAUCGAUUAUGCCGAUUAUUAUGGACGUAAUACUCCUGUAACUCACUGUAUAUAUUUCUAAACAUGUACAACACGAUCAAAUUUUGAGGAGAACAAGAAUAAGAGUAUGAGCGUAGUUUUUCGUCGUUAUUAUCGGUCAAUUUCGUUUACGCGUUUUAUUCGAAUCACACGUCUUCGAUUCGAUAAUAGAAAAUACAGAUGAUGAUGAUGAUGAUGAUGAUGAUGAUGAUGAUGAUGAUGAUGAUAAUAAUGAUAAAAAAAUCCUGUUGUGAUUUUUGCGAGAGAAAAAUAAGAAGAAACUCGUCCAAAGUCAAUUCUGCGAGAUUUGUUACGAUCCAUCGAUCAUUUAUCAAUAAUUUUGCGUUGAGACGAAAAAUGAACAAACGGGAUCGCGAAUUAUGCCGAUUUCAAAAUGCGAACUGAUAAGAUCGAUCAAUAAAAAAGAAUAAAAAUAAAUAAAUAAAGGAACGAGGAGAUAUUUCGUUUUGUAGAUAGAUAGUUAUGAGUAUUAUCUUUAGGAAAAAAAAAAAUAAAAUAAAAAUAAAAGAAUAAGAAAGAUAAUAAAUGAUAAUAAUGGUGCUUUUUUCGAAGUGUAUCGAUCUUUCGACUUCUUCGAUUACGAAUUUUCUCAUAAUAUAACCGGUGAAAGGAUAAUGUUAAACGAUGUGUAUAAAAUAAAACGAGAAAGAAAGAAAAUAGGAAAAAAAGAGGUGGAGAGGUAUCCCUUUGUUGUUGAAUUUUAGACGAACGAAUUAUUGUAACACUGAUGUAUGUAAUAUUCACCGAAUAAAAUCAUUUCAUUGUUUA